AUGCAGGCGGCGGAGAAAGACCCCUGGAAGGCCCCCCGGGGUGGCCUGGCGUGCAGCCCUGGCCCCGCCUCCGCAGUCGCCUUCCCGCGCAGUUCCGAGGAGUGGGACCAGGCGCCGAUCCGGAGCGGCUAUGAGUUGUGCGCAGCCGCGGUGGGCAACGUGGAAUGGUUGCGGUUCUGUCUGAAACGGGACCGUCGGGAAAUAGCGACAGAUGGCAAGGGCUUCACUGCCAUCCACUUCGCAGCCCAGCAGGGCAGGCUUGCGUGCCUGCAGAUAUUGGUGGAGGAGUACAAGUUUCCAGUGGACCUGUCCACCAACAGUGGCCAGACCCCCCUGCACCUCGUCAUCCACAGGGACAACAAGACCACGGUCCUCCCCUGCCUUCACUACCUGCUCAAGAAAGGGGCAGCCCUCAACAUUCAGACAUGCAAUGGCUACACCCCCCUGCACCUGGCAGCCCGAGAGGGCCUGCUGGCCUGUGUGAAGGUCCUGGUACAGAGUGGUGCCGACGUCCAUGCCCGAGAUGCCAUGGGCUGCAAGCCUUACGACCUCUGCAAAAUACGGAACCACCGUGCCUGUGCCCGGUUCUUGAAGGAUGCCAUGUGGAAACGGGACAAGAAGGACUUUGCCCUUGAAAUGGGGAAGCUAAAGAAGCUCAAGCACCAGCUGGCCCUCAUGGAGCACAGCUACCUGAUUCAACAGCAAAAAGAGUACAAAAGCCUGACUGACGCGAAUUUCAAGAAGUGGCUGCAUUGCAAGCAGCUGCCCCCGGGCCAGCUCCAGACCCCUAACACAGAGCAAGAGCCCAGAGCCCUUCCUAGGACCUUCCCGCGGUUCCUGGAGGCGCGCCUGCUCCGCCAGGGGCGGCCCACGGAGGUGCUCCUGCCCAUCUACAGGCCGUCUAAGUUCAUCCGGGCCGGUCCGUGGAACUUCAGCAACAACCCUGCUGGAUCCCCGGCCACCCAGAUCGGCUGCUCGCCGGGUAUCCGCUUGGGCGUGCAUCCGGACCCCAGCCAGGAGUGGGACUUCCGCGGCUUCGUGGAGCUGAGGCCCGACGGGCGGGGCGGCGCGCUGCUGCGCACUGCGGCCGGCCACCGGGUGGCGCCCGUGCCCCGGCUGCCCUUCGAGGUGCUGGUCGGCGAGCUGUACCCGUCGCUGCCGUGGUCCCGGAUGAGGGCGCCUCAGGGCUUUUGCCCCGUCAGCAUGAGGAACGUGCCCCGGAAGCGGCACUUGGGCGACGACUCCUUCUGGACCGACGCCCUGGCCAUGAACCUGCGCGAGACGUUUGACGAUGCCUUCCUGGCAGCCCUGCGAGCUCAUCGAGGGCUCCCUGCCCUGCCCUCCCCCCAGAGCCCUCCAUAAAAUUAUUUUGGUGACCACUCACGCUGAGUCUGCCCAGUGAAGG